AACUUCAUGACUACAGCAAGUACACCGUACACGCGAUACUGUUGAUUCCUAACCCUAAGCUGACAAAGAUGUCGUACUCUGGCCGUCCGCUCCCGUCCCACCUGCGCAGCGCAUCCGGCUCCCUCGGCGGCUCGCAGCCCUCCGGCCAAUCCCCCGUCCUCCUCGCGCGCAUCGCAGAAAAGAAAGCCGAGCUCGCAAAUCUCAAGGACCUCCAAAUGCUGAGCGCGGGGCUGGCCGACCAAAUGCAGAUGCUGGCGGAGAAGCUACAGACCCUCUCCGACGGCACAGAAGCGGUAGCAGCAGUAUUGUCGAAUUGGCACAACGUGCUCCGCGCCAUUAACAUGGCGUCCACCAAAUUGCCCAAGCCGAAAGAGGACGAAGAUGCAGAGAAGAAGCCUGACGCCGAGCCGCCGCUUCCCCAGACUCUCGUUCGAAUACCGACCCAGCAUGCCCCUGCGAUGAUGCCCCAAUCGUCAUCUGGAAGCGCAGCCGAGUGAGCGGGGUAUACGGCAAUACCGCGAUGUCCGCUGGAAGAGUGUCCGAAUUGGGGGAGCCGAAAGCGAAGAUAAGAGUGUAUCCCGAGGAUUGGUCGCCCAUCUGCCGUACCUGAUCCGAUUCGAGCAUGCGGCUUCAGGGCCGAUGCAAAUAAAGGCGAUUGCGGGUCGAGAUGCAGGGAGAAUAUGCAUAUCAGCCUUGACAUCGUCAGUCAUUGGGUUAUGCACGUGAAAACUCUUCACGAGCAACGUAUCCGUAUGGUACGAGGGUAGGAUGAGCGUCACAUGAAGGGAUGUAGAGGGAGCUAGAAGUAAAUGAUAUGGAUUCAUGUUGCUAACUAUACUACGUUGUUCCCUCAUCCC